AUGUCUGCGGCGGGUGCGGGUGGCUGCGGACCCGGACCCGGUUCGGGCGCCGGUUCCGGGGCCUCCAACCCGCGAAAGUUUAGCGAAAAGAUUGCCCUCCACACUCAGCGACAGGCCGAGGAGACCGCUGCCUUCCAGGAGGUCAUGAUGGACAUCUCUUCGACCCGGGUGAGUCUGGAGUCAGGGAGGCAGCAGAGAGAGAGAGAGACACAUCCCGGGGGAGGGCAGGCCCCUCUCGGGGUAUCCGAGAUGCAGGGGCCCCGGGCUAGCCGGCAGCGCGGCCAUCACCCCCCGGGCUGUCUCCUGACGGCGACCAGACGCCCCCGUCCACCCCUGGCCUGUUUCUCUCUCUCUCUCUCCGUCUCACAGGGGCCGUUCCUCUCGUCGCUGGACUCCUCCCGCGGCACGCGGCACCACGGCCUGGUGGAGAGGGUGCAGAGGGACAGGAGGUUCAUGUCACCCCUGCGCCAUUACCGCCGCCAAAUCGACAGCUCGCCCUACAGCGCCGCCUACCUGUCCCCGCCCCCAGACGCCAGCUGGAGGAGGACAAACUCGGACUCUGCGCUCCACACCAGCGUCAUGAACCCCAAUGCGCAAGAUGCCUUCGGCUCUGGCCCGGGCCUGGCGCCCCAGAACAGGCACAGUGGCUUGAUUGAAGGUGAUGGAAGAAAAAGUAAGUUUGUUUUGUUGUUCUCGUUUCCUGGGGUUAACAUAAUUUAUUGUUGGCCGAGCGUGAUUUGCUUUCUGUUGCCCCGGUUCUUGAACAGGGGGGUAGUAAGCUGUUGUACUUGUAGUGUGGUCCUUAAGGGCCAAAGAUUAAAGGCCCCAUGCUCACGAAGGCUUGCCCACCCAUAUGAAGACAUACCCCGCCCCCAAAGAGACAUGCCCCACCCACAUGAAGACAUACCCGCCCCAACAGAGACAUGCCACACCCACAUGAAUAUAUGCCCCACCCCCAUAGAGACAUGCCACACCCAUGUGAAGACAUACCCCGCCCCCACUGAGACAUGCCCCACCUAUAAGAAGAUGUGCCCCACCCCCACAGAGACCAGUACCAAUGCUGUCCUCUCGGCCGAAAUCUUGCGAGGUUCCGGGAAUCAAGAGAUAGGUGUGGGCUUCGGCCCGCUGCCCACCCCGCUGGACCCCGAGGAGCCCCCCUUCCCCUCCCUGAGCGGGGGCAGCAGCACGGGCAACCUGGCCAGCACCCUCACCCAGCUGGGCAUCAACCCGGGGGGCGCCUACCACUCUCCAGUGUUGUCAUCGUCCCUUCAGGGCAACCUCAGUAACCCCACCCUCCAGUCAUCGCUAAGCAACCCCAACAUCCAGUCCUCGCUUAGCAGCCACUCCUUCCAGUCCUCCCUGAGCUCCGCCUCCCUGCACUCGUCGCUUAGCAACCCGUCCCUGCAGUCCUCCCUCAGCUCCUCCCCUUCCCUGCAGUCCUCGUUCAGCAACCAAUCCCUGCAGUCGUCUCUGAGCAACUCCUCCCUCAGCGGCCAGUCCAUCCAAUCGUCAGCCAGCAACCCCAGCUACAGCAGCGGGGUGGGCUCCUCCGCCUCCUCCUCCUCCUCCUCCUCCUCCUCCUACACUCCGCCCAUGAGUGGCCAGCAGCAGCUGUCACUCAGCACGUCUCCGCGGAGACGGGCCCAGCUCAGCCCCCUGAUUCUCCCAAUGGGAGGGGACUCCAGGAGGCAUCACGUCAAGCAGUUCUCACCCACCAUCUCUCCGACGCUGUCAUCCAUAACACAGGGGGUCCCGUUAGACACCAGCAAGCUGCCACCCUAUCCUUACUCCCAGGGGGGGCCCCAGCCGCCCGGCCCACCCACGUCCCAUCAGCCCUUGCAGAAGGGCGGGGCCUCGUCCCCAGCCGGCCAGCUGCAGCAGCAGCAGCAGCAGCCGCCGUCUUCCCAGCACCCUUUGCACCCUCAGCAGCCGAGUGGCGCCCACCCGGCCCAGUCGCAGUCGCAGCCGCCGCUGCCCCCGCCCGGCCAGCAGCCGCAACAGCAGCACGCGCACCUGCAGGCCCAGAGCGCGCAGGGCAUGCGGCAGCCGCGGGACGGUAGCGCAGUGGUCAGCACUGCUGCCUGCCAGCCCUUGGGGGCCGGGGAUUCCUCCUUGCUGAACUCCCUCCUGGACGACCCCUACCUUGACCUGCAGCUCACAGCCCAGCAGACUCAAGUUCUCUCCCAGCAGGCAAGAGCAAUCGCCGGCAGAAGGGUGGGGCUGGGGGAUGGGUCCCUGGCCUUCUCCGGGCCCAGCGACCCGCACGUCCUCAACAAGCACAACCAGAGCUACGGCUGUGGCGUGGGGCGCCACGGCAACGUGCCCAACAUCAUCCUCACAGGGGACUCUCCGCCGGGCCUGUCGAAGGAGAUCACCAGCGCGCUGGCGGGGGUGCCGGGCUUCGAGGUGGAUCCCUUCUCCCUGGACGACUCGCUGGCGCUGGAGGGGCUGGGCAUCCUGGCGGACGGAGACCUGAUGCUGCCCGACCCGUCCGUGGAGGACAGCUUCCGCUCCGAUCGGCUCAAGUGAGGGGGGGGGGCCACCCGCCCGCCUGCCCGCUCGUUCCCUCAUUCCGAUGCAGAGAGGGCAGGGGAGGGGUGGGGUGGGGGGUCAUGACCUGCGUUGUUUCGGUCUUGCUUUCCCUUGUGGGUGACUGCCCUGUCACAGCUUUGCCAUUCUCAUUGGUCUGCUUUUUAGGGAGCCCCAGUUCUGC